AUGGGUAAAGAAAACCAAGACCGAAUAAGAUAUUUAUUCAACACCGCAUAUGCGGUCGCCAAAGCAGGAAAGCCUUUUUCUGACUUCAAAUUUAUUUGUGGUAUUCAAAAGAAAAAUGGAUUAAAGCUUGGAGAAAAUUAUGUUAAUAGUCAUGGCUGUACGGAAUUUAUGGAACACAUUGCUUCAACAUUAAGAAAGGACAUUUCCAAAGAAAUUGAGACAGUGAAUUUUAUCAGUGUUCUUGGCGACGGUAGUACCGACAAAUCAAUUAUUGAACAGGAAAUUAUCUAUGUGCGCUAUGUUGGGCCACGUACCAAGUUACCUGUCACCCGCGAGGUUGCGAUUACAUCGGUAGAAAAUGCCACAUCACAGGGGGUUUUUGAUGCCUUGACGAAUGGAUUAUCAAGUGUUGAUUUAAAUUUGGACAAUCUCAACCCUGAUAGGGAGAAAAAAACAUCUCUUAUAUCAUCAAACUUUGAUGGUGCCUCCGUGAAUAUGGGAAAGAAGACGGGUGUCGUCACGAAAAUAAAAGACGUUGUCUCGUCAUCUAUUGGUAUUCAUUGUGUGGCGCACAAGUUGGAAUUGGCGAUUUUGGACGCUUGUAAAACUGAAACAAAUAUCAGACUUCGAGGCCACGUUAAAGGGGAUAUUUCAUUUUUACCACUAUUCUCUGAAACGUCGACUAACUUUUUAAAGGGGAACAAAGGUGGUGGCUUUUGA